CCCCUUGAAGACAUAGUGUUUGCUCGCAUAACACGCAAGAAAAACCACUGCUCGCCACCAUGAAGUUCUUCGUCGUUCUGUUCGCCAUUGUGGCGGUUGCCUAUGCUGGCCAUCAUGCGCAGCACAUCCACGUUGCUGGCAACCCCCCCAUCCCAGCCGUCCAGGCUCACCCGCUCGCCCUCCACGGUAACGACCACACCACCCGCAUCCACUACUCUGGAGUGCACGUAGGGCAUCCGCACUUGGUGGGAGUCGAUCAUUACCUCCCGGCGCCGCACCACGAGCCUGGCAUCGUUAACGUGGCCGUCCACGGACACGGCGGACACGGCUGGUAAAUCCCAUGAUCUGAGCCAGCAAACCCGCUGGUCCGGAGUGGUCCAUGCCGAACGCGUCAUCCUGAGGCUGAUAUGAGGCAGCGAAACAGCGACCACCAUCACGAUUGGUGAUACGAGACAACGAGCGAAGUUCUCUGUCGGGAGCAUCAAUUCUCUUCGGCAAGGCGUUUCGAUUCCGCGCGAGAUCGCUCGCCGAGGAUCGGCGGAUGUCCGGCCUCCGAGGGUCGUGGAUCUCCGGUCCGAGGAUCGAGAAUAUCACGAUGGAAUACCGUUGCAAUAUAUUGGCAGAUCGAAAUGAAAUUCGACUGCCUCAGGAUAUGCCGCCAUGUCUUGGGCCACUUCCGAGGACCGUUUUCCCAGAAAGACCAGGCAAUCAGACUUGAAAAAAGCCUCCCCCCCGUCACUCCCUCAUCUUCUUAUCGUUUUGAGCCUUGACGCUAUACAUAUGACACGCAUCGUACGAACAUCGAAGAACUGCAAUCAGGUCCUUUCGUACCCCCAUUCCCCAUUUCUCAUUCUGUCAACAUCGAAAUUCUGUGCGGCGCAUUAUAAAGAAGAGACUACAACAUCACAUCGCGGCCAUCUCUUCCUGUCCCCACUAUUCGUCUUCCGGCAGCAACACUUUUAUUUAUUUUACAAUAAAAGUCGAUUUUUACGUCUUGUGAUAAAA